AUGAGGUUCAUCAACCAAGCAGCGUCUGACCGUGCGGUCAUCAAUGCCGGAGGACGUCGGUUUGAAACUCUCUUCAGCACUUUGCAUCGUUACCCUGACACGCCUUUCGCUCAGCUCUUUCCACUGCCCGGUCGUGGCGCCCGCCAACACCGGGGCCGUGAAUUCUUUUUGGAUGUCACUCCACAUGUUUUCGAGUACAUUCUGGGAUUCCUGCGGACCAACCAACUGAACCUCCCAGCUGAGAAUUUGCAGAUACGGGCGGAGGUAGUUUACUCUAUGAACCAGUGGGGGCUUCUAGAGCAUGCCUUCCCGCCGGAAGUUAUUGAAGACGGUGAAGGUUGCAGCACUGGAGGUGCGGUGGUUAAGCUCCCUGAUGUUUGUGUCGUUCAGGUUUGCGACCACAUGCAACACGACCAAGGAGUGAAGCGGCAUGCGUUAACCAUUACUUACGGUGCGGAUGGCUUUCAGCUCCGUUCGCUCAUUCGCCGCGUGCGACGUGACCUUGAGCGCCAGCUAUCGUCAACUUACUGGCAGUGCUAUCAAACCAAUGAACGGGCAGCCUUCUUUGUCACGACUAAGGUGGCUAAUGGAACUGCCGACCUUCUCACAACGUCCGUGACGCAGCAACUUGUAGAGCACACAGAAUCAAUGGGUUACUCACUGGCUUCGUCAUACGUGACGCUGAGCCCGGACGUUGUACACACCAGCGUACGCAUGCUAAUUCACAAUUUUACCUUCCGUCGCAGUAGGCGGGUUGAAGUGGAGCCAGGUGAUGGAAUUGCAUUAGGAGAGGGCAGUGAAACCAUCGAGGCUGAGCCCAAUAUACCGACGAUGCACGUGGGACCAAGGAGGGAACCACUUAAUGCAGCCGAGUCGAUUCCACCAAGAAACGAAAGGGCAGUUAAUAUUUGGACGGUGGACUGA